AUGCGUCUUUUCAGCAGGGUCGUAACCGCUGCCGUCUUGCUUCAGCAAGUCUACGGAUUCAGCCCGCGACAAGUAACGCACUUUGAAACUUCACCGAAAUCUCGUCUAGCCAAACGGGAUGAUGACACGACGGGCGUUAUUGGGGGCACAUUCGACCAACUGAUCGAUCACGAUGAACCUUCUCGAGGCACCUUCAAGCAACGGUACUGGUACAGCCUUAAUUAUGCGAAUGGCACCAAUCCCCCUGUCGUGUUCAUAUCCCCCCUCGAUGCUGAGGCUGAACAAGUGAAGUUCUGGUUGCACGAUGACUAUGUCAUUGGCGGUAUGAUUGCACGACGCAUUGGGGCUGUGAUGCUGCUGCUUGAGGAUCGAUAUUUCGGUCAGUCGUCGCCAUAUCAGCAACUCACAACUGAGAAUAUGAAGUACUAUACCGAGGAUCAGAUGAUACGCGAUAAAGUAUACUUUGCUGAAAAUGUCAAACUACCAUUCGCGAAAAAUGGUAGUGCCAGGCCGGCCAAGGUGCCUUGGGUUCACACAGGGUGCUCGGGACAGGGAAACCGAGUCUUGUUCACGCAAAAACUGUCUCCAGGUACAUUCUGGGCAAGCUGGGCGUCAAGUGCACCACCACAAGCGAUCUCUGACUACUGGAGGUACUUUGACGCUGCCAAAGCAUAUCUACCCAAGAACUGUACAGCAGAUGUCGAGAAGGUCAUUGAGCAUCUGGACAAUGUCAUGCUUAACGGCUCGGCAGAUGAAAUCCAGCAAAUCAAGGAAGACUUCGGGGCUCCUGAUCUCAAACACAACGAUGAUUUUAUGAACCUCCUCAACUAUGGACCACAGUCUUAUCAGGGCGCUUCUUUACGCAUACACGAUACGUGGGAGUUCUGCGACUACGUCGAGAAUGCCGUUGGUGUUACAGACAAGUAUAAGCUUCCAGACUCAGGAGGCAUUGGUCUGGAAAAGGCACUGGAAGGCUAUGCCCGCUGGACCAAAGAGGUCUACAUCCCUGGGAAAUGUGUGGAUCGAGGUCCCUGGAAGGGGGUGAACAACACGGGCUGCUUCAACUUUGGUGACGCUGACAGCUUGGUCUACGCCAAUAAGACAUUGGCCAGUUCAGGCAUUGCAGAGACGCUGCAACUCCAAUGGCUCCUCUGUAACGAGCCUGAAGAGUACUGGCAGACAGGUUCACCAGAGGGUACACCGACACUGGUCUCACGCUUGGUGAACAGGGAGUACUUCAGGAAGACAUGUGCGCGUUAUUUCCCUCCCGGCCCUGAUGGAGAGACCUACGGCCUGGCCAAGGGAAAGACGGUAGAAUCAUGGAACGCUCACUACGGAGGCUGGAGCGACCCUUCCGCGUAUGUGAAGAGGACUGUCUUGGUUGAUGGUCUGUAUGAUCCUUGGCGGGCAGCGGGAUUUUCUUCUUCGCAAAGACCUGGAGGUGUGCUCGGCAACAGCACCUACAUCAAGCACUUUUUGAACCCCUUGGGCAAUCACUGCACAGAUACGUAUCGCAAUGCUGGUACUAUUUGGCCAGAGGUCAAGGCCAUCCAGGAGGCUGGCAUUGAUCAGAUUGAAAAGUGGGUUGCAGAAUUUCCCAAGAAUAAGUGA